AUGGAUCUUGCUGUUUUGCAGAGUGAGCUGAAGGCCGCCAAAGAGCGAUGGGAGGAAUUGAAACUUGGCAAGGCUAAGAAAGAGGUGGCGACGUUUCCGUUCCCGGUCUCGGCGCUCCUGGCAGCGCAGCAGCCGCCGGCAGCAAAAGCUUUCGAUGUCUACGAGAUACCGGUGAAACUCGUCAUCCACAGCUUGGAGCCCGAAGUGGCGGUGGAGGUGCCCAGCGCAGAGAUACCUGCACAACUGCAGUCGAAGAUCGCUGAUGCGGUCCUGGCGACGUGGAAGAGGCAUCUCAAGAAGAAAGCUGCGCCUUGGGGCAUCAUGCCAACCUUUGAAUGGGUAGAUGCCAACUUUGCGAAGCUUCUACAGCUGGAUCCAGAGUGCUUGCAUCCUUAUGAAGGAUGCGACGAGAAUGACUGUACCAUCAAGAGGUAUGCUAUCGGUCCUCCGGCGGCGCCGCCUGCUCCGGAAGAAGAAGAGAGCGAGGAGGAGAGCGAAGAGGAGGAGGAUGAUGCAGAAGCAGAGGCCAUGAGGGAAAGGCUCGCAGCGCUGCUUGCCGAAGUGGAAAACUCUGCAGGCGACGGCCGCAAGAAGCUGUCGCCCGAGGAGAUCGAGCGAAAGAGGAAGGAAGCCGAAGAGCUAGGUGACAAGUGCAAGAUUAUGUCCAAGAAGGAGCGGAGCGAGCAGAACAAAUCCAGAAAGGAGAAGACUGGCCAGCGGCAAGCCAAGACGGGGUCCAAGAACCGGAAAUUCGAGGGUGAGGGCGCCACUUCCAAGGAGGAGAAGAAGAAGAAGAACACGGAGAAUGUUAAAAAACGAGCUUUGGCUGCAGAUCUCAGUGACGAGCACGUUCGGAAAGACCGGAUUGUCUACAGUACUUUUGCACCUGCGGAGCUCCAGGACUGCUCUAAUGUGGCAACGUCUCGCGUUAACGGCCAGAAAGACCUUGUGCCAGCGUCGCGCAAUCUCGUGCCAUGUGUCGGCUUUGCAACUGAAAAGAUGCCAAUGCCUCCCGUGCCACAUGAAGCUGCAGUUCGGGAGAGAGGCCGGGGAAUGGCGGCGGCCUUCUUCGACAGGCUACCUGCCGGCUUGACCGCGGCAGAGGACAACGGCAGAUUCGAGUUGCCUGGCAAUGUGGUCUCGCUCCAGGAAUGGGUGGAGUGUCGGAUGCCUGGUGAAGUGGAUCUUGCCACAGACGCUGCUGGGCUUGUCAUCCUGCGACCUGCUCGGUCCCAGAAGGAAGACCACGGCAGAAAGCGGCCGGACGACUUCUUCAAGAGCCUCCCGCAGGACAGCUUCACUCCAGAGGAGGAGAGGCUUCGGUUUGCCAUCUUGGACUUUCUGGCAGGGUGGACCGCAAAGGACCUGGCAACGAUGGAACAUUUGCAGACCAAUCCGCACGUUCUCGAGGCAGGGCGAUUGCGACUGACCGCUCAGGGCGUGCGCCUGAAGGACUGGAUCGAGAGACGGAUAGGAGGUGAGCUGACACUGCAGCCGGGUCGUGGGGGCUCUCUGGUCAUCAAUUUGGCCCCCGCUGGUCGGCCUGCGGUGGCUGAGAGGGUCGAGCUGCUCAGGCGAGGAUUCCCGAUGCCUGCAGUGCCUCUGCCGCAUCCUCCGCAUCCUCCGCAUCCAGCACCCAUGCCCAUGAUGCCAGCUGGGAUGCGACCCAUGCCGCCGGCAUGGCCAGCUCAGAAGCCUGCGAAGCCAGCGGAGCGUGAAAGGCCGAAGGCUCGAAAAGACGAGGGCGUGCAGGGCGUGCAGGGCGUGCAGGGCGUGCAGGGCGGCAAGAAGGGCUUCUUCGAAAGCUUGCCCGCAGAUGAGCUUCUUCCCAAGGAGCUGGAGCUUCGUCAGCUGCUCUUCGACCACCUGGACUGCUUCAUCCAGAACGGAGGCACUGGCGACGGGCCGAUGUUGUCCUCCAUCGCGCAGGGCAAGGCGGUCUGUCAGAAGCUCAAAUCGGAGCUCUUGAAAAGAGAGGUCUCACUCCGCGACUGGAUUGAUAGGCGGAUUGGCGGCGAGAUCGCCACAAAGGUCGCCUCAAAUGGGCAGGCAGGCGACGCAAUGACUGCCAUGACUAUCUUGCAAUAA